AUGGGUCCGAAGCAAAAAGGUGGUGGAGGGGGAGGAAACAAACAAAAGGGAAACGCUACAGAAGAAGUCGAAGAGACUUUGCAGGCCGUUGUCUUUGCGGAUACAUUUGAGACUCGAUUCGAGCCGUUUACUUUGGAGAAGCCUAGAUGUCUAUUACCGCUGGCUAACACUCCUCUGAUCGAAUAUACGCUUGAAUUUCUCGCUAAUGCGGGCGUGCAAGACGUUUUCCUCUACGGAGGAGCACACUCCAAUUUAUUGGAGAAGCAUAUCAGUACAUCCCGAUGGAAAGCACCGUCAUCACCCUUCAAGAAACUCACCUUUCUCAAAUCCACAUCCACCUCCGUUGGAGACGUCAUGCGAGACCUAGACGGCAAACACCUGAUAACAGGCGACUUCAUCGCCGUCAGCGGAGAUGUAAUCAGCAACUUCCCCAUCGACGAAGUCCUCUCUAAACACCGCGCUCGUCGCCAAGCAGACCGUAACGCCAUCAUGACCAUGGUACUGCGCGAAGCCGGUGCACAACACCGGACAAAGUCAUCUUCCGUCUCGCCGGUUUUCGUCGUUGAUCCUACAAAGGAUCGUUGUUUACACUAUGAGGAGAUUGAUCAUUCCGAUAAAUCGUCGUCGUCGGGUCCUGCACGGUUGACGAUUGAUACAGAGAUUUUGACGAGUCAUGCCGAGAUUGAUAUUCGUCGGGAUUUAAUUGAUUGUAACAUCGAUAUUUGCACACCGGAUGUUUUAAGUUUGUGGUCGGAUAGUUUCGACUAUCAGUCUCCGCGCAAACAUUUCUUAUACGGUGUCUUGAAAGAUUAUGAAUUGAACGGGAAGACGAUUCAUACCCAUAUCAUCCAGGAGCACUAUGCGGCUCGAGUGAGAAACUUAAAAGCUUAUGAUGCAAUCACAAAGGAUAUCAUAUCACGUUGGACAUACCCGCUUUGUCCAGACACGAAUCUGCUUCCGGGACAUACCUACGAGUUGCGACGGGGCAGUAUAUACCAGGAACAGGGAGUCAUACUAGCUCGGUCCUGUAUAGUGGGGCGACGGACGGUCAUCGGCCAAGGAACGAGUAUAGGCGACAAGACCACCGUCACCAACUCGGUACUGGGCAGGAAUUGCCGGAUAGGCAAGAAUGUGGUCCUGGAUGGAGCGUACAUCUGGGACGGGGUGGUCAUUGGCGAUAAUACAGAGAUUCGCCAGGCGAUUCUAGCUGGGGACGUUGUUGUGGGAGAUAAUUGUAAAGUUGAACCGGAUGUGCUGUUGUCGUAUGGUGUCAAGAUCUCGAAUGGAGUUACCGUGGCCCAAGGUACCAGGAUUAGUGCUGCUCCGCGCGAGGAUGGAUCUGUGCCUGCAAAUGAAGAGAAUAUCGUGGGUAGCGAGGGACGAGGUUAUGAAUAUGUUGGCGAGGAAGACGAGGAAGAUGAGGAUAACCGUAGCGAGUCCUCUGGUCUAAUCUACAAUAUGGCCAAUCUCUCUCUGUCUACCGAUUCCAUCUCUACACUAUCAAGCGAGAUCUCAGCCGAUGACGAGUAUUUCCACGGCCAGCGAAGCGACAGCUUCGGAACUUCGGUUUCUGAAGACUCGGAUCGCGACCACUUCCAAUACGACGCAUCCAACAACUUGUACGAAAGCAUGCGUGACGGUGUCUCAGCCGACGUUGUCGCACUUGAACUAGUCAGUCUCCGUAUGAGUGCCAAUGCAUCAGACCACCAAGUCCGUCAUGCAGUAGCCUCAUCAUUCAUGAAACGCAUCUCCCAACUAAUCAGUGAAUCCGGCAAGGGCGCCGGUGAGGCAGUCCACGACGUAUUCACACGCUACAAAGAUGUCGUCGACCGAUGUCUUUUCGACAAGAACAAAGAGGCAAAGACAGAUCAGACCGAUCUAUUGUUGCAAAUCCAGCAGGAUCUUGCCCAUCGCGCAAAGGGAGAUACAAUUCUUUUAUUUACGGCUAAGGAGUUGUAUGAUCUGGAUAUUAUUGAAGAAGAGGCCUUUGAAGCCUGGUGGGCUGAUGAGCGAUCUAUCGCCACGGAAGAGUUGAAGAAGGUGCGAGCCCAGACGCAGCAGUUUGUGGAUUGGCUGGCGAAUGCUUCGGAGGAGGAUGACGAUGACGAGAGUGAAGAUGAUAGUGAGGAUGACGAGGAGGAAGAUAGCGAUGAAUGAUUAUGUUGUGUAGAUAUAGUCAAAGAAAUCAUGACUGUGACUGCAAGUCUUUGGUGGUG